GUUCUUUGCCGUUGCUCCUUUAGUUUCCGAAAUGGUGGUUUCCCAGAACGAAAGUUUCAGCUCCGAUGCGUCUCUGCUCCUUCUGAUUCGUUGCAGUUUGAUUCUUGUGGCCUCCAAAUCGAUCACAAUCUCCUUGGAUACAGUUAGUGUUGUUGCUGGAGGGAAAGUCUCAUAGGAUGGUGUUGUUGAGAGUUUUGAUAAAAACGAACGAAGAGCUAUGGAUGCGUUUGAUAAUGGACUUGUGGGCCAAUGCAAAUGGAGUGCAUUGAUUUUGACCAUUACUGACUUACAAUUCUCUCCUCAAGGCAGACCAAUUCCAUCAGAAGAGGACAUUUGUACUCAAAUACCUCUCCUCCCAUUCUUUUUCACCUUUUUACCUUUUUUGCAUUAUUAAAAUAGCACACUAAUGAUGUGGGUUGACUUCCUCCUCCCCCACAAAACAGAGAUUCCAUAGGGGAAAUGGACAACAAGCAAAACACUUGUAAAAAUGGUAAUCUUGCUCUGAUGCUUUAAAGUUGUGGGGGAAGGUAUUUGUCUGGGGAUCCAUGCAUCUUUGCUUUAUGACAUAUAUAUAAUAUAAAGAAGAAAGAAGCUAAUUGUGCUGCAACCAAAUUUAAAAAAUCUCUUUUGAGUUAAGCCUAUCCAACUCCUAACUCCUAGUGUGGUCCAUUGUAAUUUAAUCAUAAGAGUAAACUCUCUUGUAAUUUAAUUCUAAGUAGGGAAAGGUGUAAGACCCACUUUUGUUUUCUCACUUUCUUUCUGGUUAGGUGAGAAGUUGUUUUCCUGAUGCAAAAGAUGGAAUGCAUGAAGGACACUUGUGUCUGGCUUUUUUAAUUUUAUUUUAGUGUUGUGGAUACUUUCUUGAUAUACUUUACCCACCUCAACCCUUUUAACACCACACAAUAUACCUCUUUUCAACUUAUAGCUACUAGAUAUGCAGAGCCAAAUUUUCUGGUUUUCAUUUUGAAACCAAAACGAAGUAUGAAGGAAAUAAAUAUCAGACACCAUUUGGAGACUCAGUCCAUGCGGGGAGCAACAAGUGACGAGGCCGGGACCCUUGUUGCCAUUCAACUCUCUCUCUCUCUUGGGAUUUUAUGUCAAUUUGAUCAUUACCACUUUAACAUUUCUCUCUCUCUCUUCUCCUUCUUCCUCCCUCAUAUUAACCUUUGAGCACACCAGUUUUUCAUGAGAAGUCUAAGAUGAAGUUCAUGAAAAUCGGGACAAAGCCUGACACUUUCUACACUCAAGAGGCUUCAAGGAUUUUGAUAACAGACACACCCAACGAUCUCGUUAUUAGAAUCAACAACACCACUUAUCAUCUCCACAGAUCUUCUCUUGUUCCAAAGUGUGGGCUGUUGCAAAGGCUUUGCACUGAUUCAGAGGAGUCUGAUACUGUUACCAUAGAGCUGAAUGACAUACCUGGGGGUGCCGAUGCUUUUGAGCUGUGUGCCAAGUUCUGUUACGGCAUCACCAUCAACCUCAGUGCUCAUAACCUUGUGAAUGUGCUCUGUGCCUCCAAAUUUCUCCGGAUGUCUGAUUCUGUUGAGAAGGGAAAUCUGUUACCAAAGCUUGAAGCUUUCUUCCACUCCUGCGUUCUCCAAGGUUGGAAGGACUCCAUUGUCACUUUGCAGUCCACUGCCAAAUUGCCAGAAUGGUGUGAGAAUCUUGGAAUCAUCAGAAAGUGUGUAGAUUCAAUUGUGGAGAAGAUCCUUACUCCAAUUGCAGAGGUCUCCUGGUCUCAUACAUACACCAGACCAGGCUAUGCAAAGAGACAGCACCACUCUGUUCCAAGAGACUGGUGGACAGAAGACAUAUCAGACCUUGACUUGGACUUAUUCCGCUGUGUUAUCACAGCAGCAAGGUCAACCUUCACGCUGCAGCCUCAGCUCAUUGGUGAAGCUUUGCAUGUAUACACCUGCCGUUGGUUACCAUACUUCAAAUCAAACAGUCAUUCAGGUUUCUCUGUUAAAGAAAACGAAGCAGCACUGGAAAGGCAUCGGCGGGUUGUUAACACAGUUGUGAAUAUGAUUCCUGCAGAUAAAGGGUCGGUUUCAGAGGGUUUUCUGCUGAGACUUGUUAGCAUAGCGAGUUAUGUGGGAGCAUCUCUCACAACAAAAACUGAGUUAAUUAGAAAAGCUGGUCUGCAACUCGAGGAGGCAAAUCUUGAAGACCUCUUGUUGCGUUCACACUCAUCCUCUCAUCACCAUCGCUAUGAUACUGACUUGGUUGCUACAGUUCUUGAGAGUUUUUUAAUGCUCUGGAGAAGACAGUCUUCUGCGCAUGUUUCUAGUAACAACAGUCAAUUGCUGCAUUCAAUCAGGAAGGUGGCUAAGCUUAUUGAUUCCUAUCUUCAGGCAGUCGCACAAGAUGUCCAUAUGUCAUUUACCAAAUUCUUGUCUCUUGCUGAGGCAGUGCCCGACAUUGCACGCGAGAGCCAUGACAGACUUUACAAAGCCAUCAACAUAUAUCUCAAGGUACAUCCCGAGAUAGGCAAAGAAGAGAAGAAACAACUAUGCCGAAGUCUUGACUGCCAGAAAUUGUCUGCAGAGGUACGUGCACACGCUGUGAAAAAUGAGAGGAUGCCACUAAGAACGGUCGUCCAAGCCCUCUUCUUCGACCAAGAGAGCAGUUCCAAGGGAGCAUCAAGUCGAUUAGAGAGCCAAGAACUCGGCUCGAGAGGUAAAGAGGCGCCCAGAGAUAUACACAGCAAUAUGCACAAGCUUCACCUAGGUCCAGCUGAAACAGCUUCUAUAGGGAAAGCUAAGAAUAUACUUGAGGGAAGAGGCAAAAGAGGAGAAGAGAAAAUUAGAUCCAGUACAGACCCCAAGAAGAUGGUGCGGAAAGGAAGAGGGUCAGAGCAUAAGCAUCAUAUAAGUAGAGACAGGUAGUGGAACUAAACGUCUUAGGCCACAGAAUUCAGUUUCUUCUUUGCACUCACCAGAUUUCUGGUUCAUUUUAAUUUUAUUUCUAAGCAGAAUUGAUGAUGAUUGUAGAUGAUCCCAGUGGCAUAAUCUGUAUUAAUAGAGUGCAGAGCUCAAGCUCCUGCUCAACCAUUUCUCCUGUAGCUUAUAUCUUAAGAAAGCGAUUAUGCAA